UAACCGCGUGCACCUGGUACCUCCACGAAUAGUCCUGCAGGACAUGGACGAGGACACGAACAAGAAGGACACAAGACAUCGCCGGCAACCCGACCCAGGACGUCUCUUUAACGUCAACAACAGCAAUAACAAUGAGGAAGAUGAGAAGGAAAAGAAAAAGAAGGAAAAAAAAGAGUAAGUAACCAAAAAGCGUUUCACAUCUAAUCUUACGAAAAUACCACAGAGGCUGACUAUGCCUGUGUUUCCCUGCAGAAAAAAGAAGAGGGAAAAGAAAGAAAAGAAAAAAGAAAAGGAGAAGGAGGAGAAAGAAAAAGAAAAGGAGAAAGAGAAGGAGAAGGAGAAAGAAAAAGAGAAGGAAAAAGAAAAGGAGAAAAAAGAAGGGCCCAAAGAGCCAUUGAUCAUUAACCCCGGAGAGAGACUGUACUACCACUGGCUGGUUGUCAUCACCCUGCCUGUAAUGUACAACUGGACCAUGAUAAUUGCCAGAGCCUCUUUUGAAGAAUUACAGCUCCAGUACCUGAUGACCUGGUUCAUCUUAGACUGCAUAUCCGACAUAAUAUAUCUGGCCGACAUGGUGUUUAGGUCCAGAACCGCGUAUCUGGAGCAGGGGUUGUUGAUCAAAGAUGAGAAGAAGCUGCGUGAGAGAUACUUUCAGAGUUUCCAGUUUAAGCUGGACGCGAUAUCCAUGGUCCCCACGGACAUCUUGUACUUAUUCCUGGGGGUGAAGUACCCGGAGAUCCGCAUCAACAAGCUGUUUCGUGUCACCCGCAUGCUGGAGUUCUUCAACCGCACGGAGACGGAGACCAACUACACCAACAUCUUCCGCAUCUGCAACCUCGUCAUGUACAUCCUGAUCUUCUGCCACUGGAAUGCCUGCUUCUACUACUCCUUCUCCAAGUACCUGGGCUUCGGAUCGGACACCUGGGUGUACCCCGACGCCGAAACCGCGGAAGACCCUGACUUCGGGGAGCUGUCCAGGAAGUACGCCUACAGCUUGUACUGGUCCACCCUCUCUCUGACGACCAUCGGAGAGACCCCGCCCCCGAUCCUGGACUCAGAGUUCUUCUUCGUGGUGACCGACUUCCUGGUGGGUGUUCUGAUCUUUGCCACCAUUGUGGGUAACAUCGGCUCCAUGAUCAUGAACAUGAAUGCGGCCCGGGCAGAGUUCCAGGCCAGGGUGGACUGCAUCAAGCAGUACAUGCAGGUGCGAAAGGUGAGCAAGGACCUGGAGAACAGGGUCAUCACGCUCUUUGACUACCUGUGGAGCAGCCAGAAGGCGGUGAACGAGAGGGUGGUGCUCAGGUACCUGCCUGACAAGCUGAAGGCCGAGAUCGCCAUCAACGUGCACCUGGACACGCUGAAGAAGGUGCGCAUCUUCCAGGACUGCGAGGCGGGCCUGCUGAUCGAGCUGGUGCUCAAGCUGCAGCCUCAGGUCUUCAGCCCCGGGGACUACAUCUGCCGCAAGGGCGACAUCGGCCGGGAGAUGUACAUCAUCAAGGACGGGAAGCUGGCGGUGGUGGCGGACGACGGGGUCACGCAGUUCGUGGUGCUCAGCGAUGGCGCCUACUUCGGCGAGAUCAGCAUCCUCAACAUCAAGGGCAGCAAGGCUGGCAAUCGGAGGACGGCCAACAUCCGCAGCAUCGGCUACUCCGACCUCUACUGCCUGUCCAAGGACGACCUGAUGGAGGCCCUGACCGAGUACCCGGAGGCCAAGGGCAUGCUGGAGGAGAAGGGCCGGCAGAUUCUGCUGAAGGAUGGGCUGAUCGACCUGGACCCCGCCAACCUGAUGCCGGACACCAAGGACCUGGAGGAGAAGGUGAACCGUAUGUACAGCAGCAUGGAGCUCAUGCAGACCAAGCUGAAGAAGUUGCUGGCGGACCACAGCACCAAGCAGAAAAACAUAAAGAGGCGCAUCGCCUACAUCGAGAGGCUCACUGGCGAGGAGGUGGAGGAAGAUUCGGAGGAGAAGGCAGAGGAGAAGAAGGAGGGAGAGGGGAAGGAGGAAGAGACGAAAGAGGAGGAAAAGAAGGAGGGAGAGGGGGAGAAGAAGGAGGGAGAGGAGGAGGAGAAGGAGGGAGAGGAGGAGGAGAAGGGGGGAGACGAGAAGAAAGAAUAG